UCAUCUGUUAAGGAAUGUAAAUAGUAGUUUCAGUCUGUUAUAUGUUUGUAGUAAUCACCUAGUAAAAUGCUUACAGUUAGUUAGUAUAAGUGAUUCAUAACCAAGCUAAAAAUGUUAAGUAACAACCGCAAUUUACUAUUUAAAGGUAUUAUUUUAGCAUUAUGUAUAAUAUCUUGUGUUCAUUUGUUUAUCUUUCCCUUAUUUGAAACGAAUACCGACUCAAAUAUAAUAAGGACUUAUUUGGAUUUUGAACAGUCGUUAUGUCUGAAUAAUAUUCGUAAAAAAAGAUCAUUUAAUCGAGCAAAGUGUCCCCAAUAUGGUAUAAUCACUGUAAUGCAAGGCGGUAGAUUAGGCAAUCAAAUAUGGGAAUAUGCCUCAGUUUGGGCUUACGCUAGAGAAACUGGAUUAGAACCGUAUAUACCUCGGUGCAUUAAAUUGAAAUUGGAAACUAUAUUCGAUAAAUUAUCCCUGCCAACAUUUGAGACAAUUAGCCAUUGUCUAGUUCAAACAGAUUUAUUUUAUCUUCCUUCUGCAAAAGCUUUUCCAAAUAAUACCUUAGAUGCCUGGCAUUUCACUAACCAAAGUAUUAUUCUGCCAAAGUACAUCACAUCACCUGAACUAAUAUCAACUUGGGUCCAAGAUAUCACUCAAGAGUUUAGUAUUAAAAAAAGUCUGUUAGAUAAAAGUCAUAGAAUAUUACAAGCAGCCGUUAAAUGUGUAAAUAUAUCAGUAAAAACAUUUAUAGGGGUUCAUGUGAGAAGAACUGAUUAUGUCAGUUAUAUAAAAAGAAAAUAUAAUGCCGAACCCGUCGAUUCAAAAUUCUUUUUAAAGGCGAUGGAUAUGUUUGAAAAGAAAUAUCCAGAUUCAAUAUUUAUUAUUGUCAGUGAUGAUCCCAAAUGGUGUUGGAAAGAAUUUAAAUUCAAGAAGAAUGCUUAUGUUGUGGGAAAAUAUCACGGUGGCAGCUCUACUCCUGCUUUAGAUUUAACAAUUUUGGCUUCCUGCAACCAUACGAUCUUUGAUUAUGGAACAUACGGUAUGUGGGGUGCUCUUUUAGCUGGAGGAGAAACAGUCUAUUAUGAUCUUAAUCCUGAGUAUUCCUCGCACAAACUUGGAAGAUACAUGAAAAACUGGCAUAGUCUCUAAAUCGACAAAAACCAAAACACAAGUCUGAUAAAUUUUCUAUAAAAUAUUUAUUUUUAUACCAAGAACUUGUGAAAUUUUAUUAUUUUAUAGGUUUAUUUUUAUAUGUUUGUAACUACCGACAAAAUAAUUUACAAUAUCCAGAUGAAUAUAUUUGCCCUUGGCACAUACAGGGUGAAUCCUGAGUAAUGAAAUUCUCAACUCAAUGAUAGACAGGACUAAUGUUUUCAAAUUUUACUUAUUUCUUAGAGAUACGGUAGACCAAUAGCUUUUUUAUUACGAAUAAUUAUUAAAAACUUGGUUAAGUUAAUUUGCGGACUAUAUAUAUAUGAAAAUAUUCAGCUAGGUAAUCUAUAAAAAACUUUGUUACUUAUGAAUCACUCUGUGUAGCUUGUUGACUUAAUAUGGAAGAUAGAGUUAAGAGGGCGCUAUAGUAGCACGAGUAUUUUGAAUAUAUAUGUAAUACUCCAAUAUUAAUUUUCUCUCUCGUUCGAGACACUUUAUCUAUACUGCGCAUGUUUGAGAAUGCGCAGAACUGAGCUGAAACCUCGGAUGAUAGAAAAAUCGUUAUUAUUCUGUCUUCUUAGUCGGACCAGCUUUCACUUAUAGAAACUGUCCAUAUAGAAGUAUUACAUAUAUGAUUUUGAAUAAAACAGUUUUAUGGUUAUAGGUAUUUAUCAAAUUAUUUUGAAUUACAUUAAUAGUCUUGCAUUUUAUAUAUAGUAUAUAGUUUUGCAUUUCUUAAAAAAAAUUCGUUUACAAAAGCAGACUUUAUCUCUAUCCUCCACAUUCAAUAUCUUUAAUUCGAAGGUUAACAGUUUGUAAAUUAUUUCAGUUUUAUCUAUAUAUUUAAUUUCCAGCAGUAAAUCAUUUCGUAAUCUGUUUUGCACCUGUCCAGCAAUUUGAAAUCAAUAAUCUCUUCUCUCUUACAUUGGUUGAACAGGAUCGUCUUUGGGACAUUCUCAAUUUAUAAUAAUUAGAAUCUAAUACAAGGUGUCACGAAAGAAACACAUUUUCAAACAAUUUUCAUUUAUGAAAAUACAUUGCUUGAAAAUUUAUUUCUUAAAAAUAAGACCGUCCAAAUGUAAACCGUUGCGCGCACGGCAUUAAUUUAUUUGAGCACUAAAGUUGACUAUGACGGCUCGGCAAGUAUACGUGAUGGCUGUCAUUUUAUGACGGAUAGGAAAAAGUCCAUAGGAGUUAAAUCGGGAAUGUGUGGAGACCAACUUAUGUCACCUCUCCUGGAAAACAAUUUAUCAGGAAAAAUUUCGCGAUCUCCUGAUGAGAUAUAUUGUACGCGUUAUUGUUGCUCCGUCAUGGUUAUAACCAUUAAAGUUUUGCAGUUCAGUCAUGAAGAAGUCGUUCUGAAUUUACUGUAACUGUGCGUUUCCUUUCAUCUUCAAAAUAAUAAAGGUCUGUGAUUCUUUACGCUGAUCACUUUAGGCGAUUAUAAUGAUUUCUUUUGUUUGUGUUUUGGAUUGCUUGCACUCCGGUAGUGGCAAUUUUGCUAGUUGGCGUUGCCAUUAAGAUAAAAAUAAGCUGUAACGGGAAACAUGAUAAAUGUUGGAAAACCCUCAAUAAUCUGAUUUACGAAGUCAAGCUUCUGACCAGCUUUCUGAGGUUUCAAUUCUUGUAUAAUCUUAAGGGUGCAGCCUCAAAUCUUUGUAUAAAAUGCGAAGUAAUUAUGAAUAAGCAAAACGAAGGUUAAUUUGUGAAAUACCUUGUAUAAUUUUUAUUCCCAAGUUUCAAAACUUGAAAACUUUCUAAUAACAAUUUCUAUAAAAUUACGAAUUUUUUUCACAGCAUUUCUAUCUAUGUUAGGAUAAGGGCAUGUAAUUGUUUCUGAAUAAAAUAAAUUUUCCCAACUAUUUAUAGCUAUUUCUAAUGUUUAUGUAUAAGUCUAAUUUAGACACUUCUUGAAUGAACAAAACUUUUAUUAUGAAAUGAUUUACUACUUGGUUUUAAUUCAUUCAAAACUUAAAGGCUGUUUGGAAAUCUAUUGUGCCAAAAAAUAAAAUUUGUUUUCCAAAGUUUGUAGAAUUUUAUAGAUUUUGUUAAAUAUUCUCAGGUAUAUGCUCAUAUUUUGACUGAUAAAUAUUUAUAUUAAAAAUAUUAGUUGGAAUAUGUUAUUUUUCUACAAAUUUUUUUUAUUCGGAUUUAUCUGAAUUCAAAAUGUAGAUUUAUUCUUAAGGAGAAUAAUAUUUUAUCAAAAACGUUUAAUGUGUCAUACAAUCUUAAAAACAAAAAAAAAAUAUAUUAUGUAUUUGAUAAAAGUAAAAUAAAAACAUUACUACUUGAAAUCUAACAAUAAAAAUAAUAAGAAUAGACGUUACACAAUAGACAAACUACUUUAUUAAAACCUGUAGGUCAGUUAAACUUUAAGUUACCUGUAGUAAUUCCCUAUUAUUUAUAGAAAUAAUAUCUGUAUCAAAUUUUCUUUAUACUAAUUUAUAUAAAAUGAAAAUAUUAAUGUUUGUAUUAAUUCACAGCAGGAAGCUGCUGUGAUUCUUGCAAUAAAAUCAUGUUAUCUAGAAAUCGUCUGUCGUGAUUUUAUUAUAAAUAACUCGACAUUUGAUUUAAUUAGAUUAGAUCAACGUAUAAAAGAAAGUAAGUUUCUUAAUUGAAAAAUUUUUCAAUAUAUUUUAAAAUUUGAGAGAUUUGACUUAGAGAACCCUGACUGGCAUCUUAAACAGCUAUUGUAUAUAAUGUUGCAUACAAUGUGCAUUAUGGAAGAAAUUAUAUUUUUUAGGAGAAUUUAUUUUAAAUAAUUUAAUACUUCUUUGUACACCUGUAAUUAAUCAUAUAUUCGAUGUUAGUAGUACCUAAUUUUCGGCAUAUAUUUAAUACCACGAGAAAGUCCAAAUUCAAAUUAACCUAAUUUGAACAUGAUUAAGCAUUGUGACAAAGUCAACAUGAAAUACUAAAAAAAUAUUACAUAAAACCACUCUGGUUGUCAAAUUUCAUAAUAAGAGUCUACAAUCCAUAAAAACAAAUUACUAUCAUAAAAGUACAAAUAAAUUUAUCUCAUGGGAUAACAACCACAAUCUGUAGUUACUGUGUACAUAAGAUAUUGAUAUGAAAUACACUGAGAAAUUUUAUUUCUUCAUUUUCUUCAUGAAAAAAAGAUAAAUUAAUUAAUUUGAAAUAAUUCAUUAUAUUGUUCUCACUGUAUUAAUUUUUAUUCAAUCGAUGUAUAAUAUUUAUUACCAAUGGAUUUAUCUACUAAAUGUUCUUAAAUAUUUUUUUUCUAUUUUGCACCUAUAACACAGACAGUACAAUACGCAAACGGGUGUCUUAUGACUCGUCACUGAUGCAUGGUUGUUGAAAAUAUCUGGAACUCACACUAGAACAGGAAAAGGAGAUAAUCACUAAAGCCACAAAAGCCCUGAUGAUGUGCAGAAACUUCUCAGGGAGGUAUUGGGGUUGUAACUCAAAGAUCCUACUAUGGAUGUACACGGUAAUUGUGAGACCAAUCAUCACUUAUGGAGCAGUGGUUUGGAGUACUAGAACUAGUCUGAAUUCCACAAGAAACAAUCUCUAAAAGGUACAAAGAAAAGACUUUGAAUGUUCAGAGAUGGAAUCGCCAAAAAAAGCCGUCUCUAAGUAAUGACCAGCCUGGGACAUGCCUCAGGAUGAUGCAUCGAAAAAGUUUAUCUUGGAAAGAACAUUUACCUCAAUUUUAAGCUGUAGAAGUAAGUGGGAUCCAAACAUCAUACAAUGAAUUAACAGAAAUGCCAUUAAAUUGGAUACGAACGGAUCUAAAACAGCAGAUGGAACUGGAAUAGGAGUGUACGAGCCUAGAACCAAACACUCUGAAAGCAUGAGCAACUCACCAAGCAUUUUCAAGCAGAAAUUUAUGCAAUUGAAAAUGUGCCAAAUUUAAUAUAGACAGGAACUAACACAAACAGGAGAUCAUCAUGAUGUCCGAUAGCCAAGCAGCCAUUUAGAGCUCUAAGCUCCAAUAUCAUCAAAUCCAAACUCGUUUGGGAUUAUCUAGAACAAUUAAACGAGCUGGGCAAUAAAAAUAAAGUUACCCUACAAAGGAUUCCGAGACUCACCGGAUUGAAAGGAAAUGAAAUAUCUGAUAAGCUCGCUAAAGCGGGGGUAGACAAGUCCUUUAUAGGACCUGAACAAUAGAAAAAGCAUUGGAAAAGAAGGUGGAUACGAGCAAAGCCAAUUAUUGGACAAACUGCAAGUGUUGAGACAGCCAAAGAGAACAAAUACGAAGUAAAAACAAUCUACGAAUACCAACAGGAGUCCUAUCGGGGCACUGUCACCUCAAUAGACACCUGAAGACGCUAGACUUAGCAGAUAACGCGACGUGUAGAUUUUGUUGCACGAAGCCUCUAUCCACAUUCUAUCGAAGUGUUAAAUAUUACGGAACUCCAGAGUACUACAGCUGGGAGCUGUAAUCUAUAAACACUGGGUUCAACAGUAUUGCAGCAAGAAAGGGGGACACAAUAGAUCCUUUUAGAUCGCAGUGUACCCCAAUAUCUACAUACAUACAUCCUAGAAGUCUUAAAGCAAUAUAUACAUGCCGAAUAAUCUAUUUUUGUAUUAUUUAGAUUUAAAAUACAA